CUGUCAAAUGAUCAAGACCCAUUGCUAGAUCAUUCUUAUCGAAACGGGAAUUCACUAGUAUCCACACGUUUCCUUAGUAAGGACACCAACGUAGCUGUCGCUCCCUGUUCUCAUCUAAUUUCGAACUGGCUUUUGUUCCACACUCUGCGGCGUUGUGCGAGUCGAGUCUUCUUGCGCUUGCCUGAACUUGCUUGGACCUCUGUUUUUCACGAGAAGGAACCUGGAAAAAUGGCCAAUGCGAUCAGAUACUUUGAGCUGAACACAGGAGCUAAGAUCCCUUCAGUGGGAUUGGGGACAUGGCAGUCUGAUCCUGGGCUCGUGGGCAAAGCUGUCAACAUCGCCAUUCGGCAUGGAUACCGGCAUAUCGAUUGUGCGCAAGUUUAUGCGAAUGAAGCAGAGAUUGGAGCGGUUUUCAAAAAUUUGAUCGAAGAGCGCGUGGUUAAACGGGAGGAUUUGUUUAUCACUUCCAAACUCUGGAAUACUGAUCACCUCCCAGAGGAUGUGCCGGUGGCUUUGGAAAGAACCUUGCGCGACUUGCAGCUUGACUAUGUAGAUUUGUACCUCAUGCACUGGCCACUACGGAUGAAGAAGGGAACGGAGGGAUUUAACCCUGAAAACAUCGAGCAACAUGACAUACCGAGCACAUGGAGGGCGAUGGAAUUACUAUAUGAUUCAGGUAAGGCGCGAGCCAUUGGAGUCUGCAAUUUCUCCACUAAGAAGUUGGCAGAUCUGUUGGAGAUCGCACGCGUGCCUCCUGCUGUGGUUCAGGUGGAAUGUCAUCCUUCGUGGCAACAGAAGAAGCUGUAUGAAUUUUGCAAAUCCAAAGGAAUUCACUUGACUGGUUACUCGCCUUUAGGAUCGCCUGGCUCGUCAUUCAUGAAAAGCGAGGUUUUGAAGCAGCCGGUGGUGACCACAGUGGCAGAGAAGUUGGGAAAGAGUCCAGCACAGGUUGCUCUAAGGUGGGGUCUUCAGAUGGGUCACAGUGUGCUUCCCAAAAGCACUAAUGAGAAAAGAAUCAUGGAGAAUUUCGACGUUUUCGACUGGUCUAUACCAGACGACGUGUUCGCUGAGUUUUCGGAGAUUGAACAGGCGAGGCUGCUUAGGGCAACAGUUUUUGUCCAUGAGACUCUCAGCCCAUACAAGACCGUGGAGGAAUUCUGGGAUGGAGAGAUCUAAGCAUGGAAAGGCAAUGGAUUAAAGUAAAGAGGAGUGUGCAGACGCAUGGGAGUCUGUCAUUUCAUCCAGUUUAUGUCUGAAGUUAGUUCAAAUAAUCCUAGCCACGUCUGCUAGAUAAAAAGUGCGGUAUACCUAGUCUUGUUGCUGUUUGUGUUAAUUUGCAAUGUGAAAUGUUCAUGGUCAUUAAACCCUCUCCCCUCGGUCAUAUUGAAUUUAGCAAGUAUCUUAUGCUACUUGGGAGUACAACACGCCAGUUCCUCUGUCCCUUUUA